AUGUCAAUAUUCGAAGAACCCGCCCAACCCUCGUGGCCUCUCACACCUCCUAUUUCAUCCGAUCCACCAGCACCAAAAGAUGUCUCAUCGGUAGUAACAGCAAUCCAUGUGAUCUCAACCGAGCGAGCAGCCCUCGCUCACCUCGAGCACAUCUACCAGACCGAUGCGCGAGCGCAGCACGAUCUCGCCCGGGCCGUGGAUCGAAUUACGCAGAGCGUGCGCGAGGGUGGGAAACUGGUCGUUUGCGGGGUCGGGAAAAGUGGGAAGGUCGGACGAAAAAUCGAGGCUACGAUGAAUAGUCUGGGCGUAUACAGCGCGUUCCUGCAUCCGACUGAAGCCUUGCAUGGCGAUCUGGGAUUGGUUCGGCCGAAUGAUACGGUUCUUCUUAUAUCCUUCUCUGGUCGCUCGCCUGAACUUUUAUCUCUGCUUCCGCAUCUUCCUGCUACUGUCCCGGUGAUCGCUCUUACAUCGCAUACACAUCCAGCGUCAUGUCCGCUUCUCUCGUUGCAUGGCCCUUUGGGAAUGGGCAUUCUUUUACCCGCCCCGAUUCAUGAGGAUGAGGAGGCUUCUUUCGGUGUGCGUGCACCCACGUCGUCCACGACAGUGGCCUUGUCGCUGGGCGAUGCGCUGGCUAUUGCUACGGCCCGGAAGCUGCACACUGCCACUGGGAAGAGCCCUGCAGAAGUCUUCCGUGGGUUCCAUCCUGGUGGUGCCAUUGGAGCGGCGGCAGCUGAGACACCGCUGACCACGCCUUCCAGUGGCAUGUCAACGAGGACAUUUGACUCUCCGACGUCGUCUGUGUCUCUUCCGUGGGAGGAAAUCACGAAUACUCAGUUGAUCCCUCCUUUCACUUUACAGUCGCCACCGGAACAGCGCGUCAUUUCUCGAGAUAUGCUGGUCCCGCUAGACCAAAUCCCCACUGCCCCUCCGUCUUCAUCGCAGUCACCCGGCGAUGUCAAACUUCUCGAUAUCCUUCUCACAGCCAUCCAACAUCCCAACGCCAAAUCAUGGGUGCUGUUGUCACCGUCCGAAAUAAUCCCUCCUCGGCGCAUUCGUGCUCUCCUUUCUCCUACUGGAGAUAUGGAUAUGUGUGUGUCUGAGGUCAUGGCCAAGAACCCCAGUACUCCAUUCGUUGUACCUCGAAGUAAAUGGCUCUUGGUACCAGAUUCAACACCCCUCGCUGAAAUCCGACAUACUGUUUCUGAAUCUCGAAAUAGAUCAGACCCAGUAACUGUCGUUGCUGUCGUGAAGGAUAUGACCUCUCCCGGCAGUUUCCUGGGGUUGAUGGAGGCAGAGGAUCUAUUGGACGGAUGA